UCUAUAUAAAUACAAACAUCUACUAGUAACAGAGAAAGAGGGUCCCCUAGGGUCAGGGUGGUUGGGGGUCUUAUUUUGCAAUACCACCUCAGAUUAGUACCAAUAUGUUGGUCUCAUACUUCUCCCCUUCAUUCAUGGCAUGCUUACAAAAAUAACACCGCUGACCACCACAAGUUAUUUUCUUCAAUGACUAGUCCUAGAAUCUCUUUCUCUACUGACUUCAUCGAUUCAUCUCAACAACAACAUCAUCAGCACAUGAUGAAGAAUGAUACGACAUCGUAUUACAGAGAUGCUCCUGUUUCCUCUGACUUUGAAUUCUCCGUCGCUAAUCAUUCUAUAAUUACUGGUGCUGACGAGCUUUUCUCUAAAGGUAGACUUUUGCCUUUCAAAGAGAAGAGUAGUAGUAGUAGUACUACUACUACUACUACUCUAAGAGAUGAACUCCUUAAUAAUGACGAAGAUGAUUUUACUUUGAGGAUACCCAAAAGUAGUAGUUCUACGACUAGGUGGAAAGGUCUACUUGGCCUUAAAAAAUCUCAUAUUGGGUCCAAGAAAAUCGACAAGAAAAAUGAAGAAAAAAGGUCUGACGAGCUAGUUCAUGGCACCAACAAUUCCCAGGAAACAUACAAUGGCUCUGGUAGUGGAUCCAGUUGUAGAGAUAUGGAGUGUCGUUUUAAUUGAUCAUAUUGUCUGCAGUGGGCAUAACAAAGAUUUUAAGAAGGUAUUUUGGGGAUGAAAAGGCUUCUGUUUUUUGGUUCAAUUUUGGGAGAAUCAUACAGAUUCUGAUUUAUAUGUGGUUAGAAGCCUAAAGCUCAUCAUUUGUCCUAUGGUGUUCUUUCGUUUCAAUCUACUGUUAAAUAUGUACUAGUAGAAGUUGGGGGGUUUUUAGAAAAUUGGCAAAUGAGAUUGUUGAAUCAUAAUUUUCAUCCCAAAAUUUCCAGAUGAAAUGACAGCUAUAGUGCAUUGCGGCUCUAUAAUGAUU